ACAAUCAGUGCAGUGGCCCAAUCUAGUCAUGUGACGACGAAGGUGUGCCUUACAGUGCACCGUCUGUUUUCACUCCUCGCCUGAUCCAGACAUGGCGUCUAUAAUCAAAGACACGGGCGAAAUCUGGAGCCGAUUAUUCGACCAUCGUCCGUUCAUCCAAGGAGAGAUCACAUUCUUUUUGCGAGAGUUCCAGGAAAAAAGAGCUGAUAGAGAAGUGGAACGUCUUUUUAAAAUUCUUGAAUAUUCAACAGAAUUGAAAGAAAGUCAGUUAGAUCGCACUGAACAACUUGGAGAUUGUCAUUUACCUAGUCUUAAAGCAAAUGUGGAUGUUGCACUGAGUAUGUGUAGCCGCGUUUUACAAAGAGAAGAAAAUUUUGAUAGUGAGAGUGUUUUGAAUGAAAACAGAUUAGCCAGAAGAAAGGAGUGGGAAAAAUUCAUAAAUGAUAUGAGUGAUAAAUGUGAAAGAGUAGAUCAAACUUUCCAAGAAAAAGAAAACGAGAUACAAGAAUUCUAUCUUGAUUUAGAAAAGAAGUUACACAUUACCCCAUAA